AUGGAUAGCGAGCCGGCCGAAGAAAAAAACGAGACAAGAGACCCGGGCAGUCCACGUGGACUGACUGAUGAGAACACACAGGGGCGACCAAUGGGCGACGGCACCGCUAAUGUAUUUCUCACCUCCGCACUCACACCCGGGCAGCUCGCUAAUAAGCGACCCUUCACACGACAAUCCACCCUACACAUAGGAGAUAGGGUUGACAUUGGUAAAGCCGGCAUGACCGCGAUCGUUCUCGAAAUGACUUAUGGCAUCCAGAUUACGUCAAUAUCGCCCGUAAGCCCCCUCAAUAAGGCGGAUUGUCGCUCGCAAACCGCUCUGCGGCUGUUGAAUUUAAAACGAUUCCCAAGAACACGGCCGAGUUGGCGAACGUCGGAAGAGGCUGCGGUGCAAACUGCACGCUAUCGUCACGCCCCCCCCCCCGCGCCCCCGCUCCGGUCUCCCCCCCCCCCUCGCUCGCCCUAUGCAUUUGAUCCGAUGGAGCGAGGGAUGAUGAGAUGGAACAGAAGAAAGGGGAGGCUGGGGAGGAAUGAUCUGUAUACUGUAAGGAAGCUCAGGCGAUGUGUCGGACAGGCCGCAGCACGCUCGCAUUAUACAACACAAAUAAUAAAAAAAAGAAACGGGAAUAAAUGUUGGAAUAAAAUACUUUUAAUUUCCCCGGGCGCCGCUAAUCGGGCAGCGGCAACCGAGGGCGCCAAAUCGCCCUUUUUAUUUUACUGUAUGAACGCAAAUCCGGCGGGAAAACGGCGAGGCGAGCGGGGGUGCGGUCACGCGCUCGGAAUUAGCACCCUCCCCGCACCCUCGCACCCCCGCACCCUCCGCACCCCGCACCCCUCGCCCGCACUUGACCCGCGAGCCGCGAGGUGUCACCGAGUACGUUACCCACAAAAAAUAAGGGAGCGACCCUCCACAGUCGACAGCCGGCUGAGAGUAGCACGGAUUGUGUUCUAA